GCCUCGAAGCUGGAGAAGCAGAGCAGCGUGUCUGAGAGUGACUACGACAACCCCAGCACCCCUCAGGAGCUGGAGGAGAGCGGGGCUGGCAGGAAGGGCCGGCAGAGGAGCAUCAUUUGGCAGGGGGAGGGAUCCAUCCCUGAAGAUGCAGACACAGCCCCCAGCUCCAGUUUGCCCAGUACAGAAGAUGUGAUUCGGAAAACUGAGCAGAUCACAAAGAAUAUCCAAGAACUGCUGCGAGCGGCGCAAGAGAACAAGCAUGACAGCUAUAUACCGUGCUCCGAGAGAAUACAUGUGGCAGUAACAGAAAUGGCAGCCUUGUUCCCAAAAAAACCCAAAUCUGAGCUGGUAAGGACUUCUUUGCGCCUGCUGACGUCCAGUGCCUACAGACUCCAAUCCGAGUGCAGAAAGACCCUCCCCGUGGAGACCUGCCCCACGACAGACAUCCAGCUGGUGACACAGCAGGUCAUCCAGUGUGCCUACGACAUCGCCAAGGCUGCCAAGCAGCUCGUCACCAUCACCACCAAAGAGAACAACAACUGAGUCACACCCACCUCUGGGGGUGUUUUUUUUUUAAAGGUUGGAUUGCAAAGAGAGGCGUGGAGCUAGUCGCAUUUUUAUGAGGAAAAUUUAAAAGAGGGCAAGAAACUAUUUUUUUUUUUAAAACUCAGUAUUAUUUUUGCAUGUUUUCUAACGAUUUUAUGAUUAAUUUAACCCACUGCCUUAUUUUGUGCCUGUGUUGCCAGUGUAGUUACAGAUAAUAGCGUGUCCCAAGUAGCUGUG